CCGGCCCGCCCGGGGCGGCGGCGCAGAGCCGGCGGGCGCACGAGGCAGCCAGCGCGGCCAUGACGGCGGAGAAGGCGCUGCCUCUGGGCAACGGGAAGGCGGCCGAGGAGUCGCGGGAGUCCGAGGCGCGGGGCGACGGCGGCGGGGGCGCGGGGGGCGCGCGCGACCCGCGCGACAAGCGCGACAAGGCGGUCCACGAGCGCGGCCACUGGAACAACAAGGUGGAGUUCGUGCUGAGCGUGGCGGGGGAGAUCAUCGGGCUGGGCAACGUGUGGCGCUUCCCCUACCUGUGCUACAAGAACGGAGGAGGGGCAUUCCUGAUUCCCUACGUGGUCUUUUUUAUUUGCUGUGGAAUUCCUGUUUUUUUCCUGGAAACGGCUCUGGGACAAUUCACCAGUGAAGGUGGCAUUACAUGCUGGAGGAAAGUCUGCCCUUUAUUUGAAGGCAUCGGCUAUGCCACCCAGGUGAUCGAGGCCCAUCUAAAUGUGUACUACAUCAUCAUCCUGGCAUGGGCCAUUUUCUACCUGAGCAACUGCUUUACCACCGAGCUCCCCUGGGCCACCUGUGGACACGAGUGGAACACAGAUAAGUGUGUGGAGUUCCAGAAACUGAAUGUGAGCAACCACAGCCAUGUGGCCCUACAGAACGCCACCUCCCCGGUCAUGGAGUUUUGGGAGCGCCGGGUCCUGGCCAUCUCAGACGGGAUCGAGCACAUCGGGAACCUCCGCGGGGAGCUGGCCUUGUGUCUCCUGGCAGCCUGGACUAUCUGCUACUUCUGCAUCUGGAAGGGGACCAAGUCCACGGGAAAGGUCGUAUACGUCACCGCGACGUUCCCCUAUAUCAUGCUUCUGAUCCUCCUAAUCCGAGGGGUCACAUUGCCAGGGGCCUCCGAAGGAAUCAAGUUCUACCUGUACCCUGACCUCUCCCGGCUCUCUGACCCACAGGUCUGGGUAGAUGCUGGGACACAGAUCUUUUUCUCCUAUGCCAUCUGCCUGGGUUGUCUGACUGCUCUGGGAAGUUAUAACAAUUAUAACAACAACUGCUACAGGGACUGCGUCAUGCUCUGUUGCCUGAACAGCGGCACCAGCUUCGUGGCCGGAUUUGCCAUCUUCUCCGUCCUGGGCUUUAUGGCAUAUGAACAGGGGGUGCCCAUAGCUGAGGUGGCAGAGUCGGGCCCAGGGCUGGCCUUCAUCGCGUACCCCAAGGCUGUCACCAUGAUGCCCCUGUCCCCGCUGUGGGCCACCUUGUUCUUCAUGAUGCUUAUCUUCCUGGGCCUGGACAGCCAGUUUGUGUGCGUGGAGAGCCUUGUGACGGCCGUGGUCGACAUGUACCCCAAGGUCUUCCGGAGGGGCUACCGGCGCGAGCUGCUCAUCCUGGCCCUGUCGGUCGUCUCCUACUUUCUGGGCCUGGUGAUGCUGACAGAGGGUGGCAUGUACAUUUUCCAGCUCUUCGACUCCUAUGCUGCCAGUGGCAUGUGCCUCCUCUUUGUGGCCAUCUUCGAGUGUGUCUGCAUUGGCUGGGUGUACGGAAGCAACCGCUUCUAUGAUAACAUCGAAGACAUGAUUGGCUACCGGCCACUGUCACUCAUUAAGUGGUGCUGGAAGGUCGUCACCCCUGGGAUCUGUGCGGGCAUCUUCAUCUUCUUCCUGGUCAAGUACAAGCCACUCAAGUACAACAAUGUCUACACCUACCCGGCCUGGGGCUAUGGCAUCGGCUGGCUCAUGGCCCUGUCCUCCAUGCUCUGCAUCCCACUCUGGAUCUUCAUCAAGGUGUGGAAGACAGAGGGGACACUGCCCGAGAAGCUCCGGAGGUUGACGAUCCCCAGCGCCGAUCUGAAAAUGCGGGGCAAGCUUGGGACAGGCCCACGGACGGUGAUGGUUAAUGACUGUGACGCCAAACUCAAGGGCGAUGGGUCCAUUGCCACCAUCACAGAGAAGGAGACGCACUUCUGAGCCGGCCGCCGGGGGACCGCCGCCUCCCGUGUGCACAGGACUCCCUGGGACACCCACUUCACCUAACGGUAGCCGCGCGCCGACCCGCACGGGGUUUAUUAACAAGUUAAUUUUACAGUGGCCGUGCCCACCCUGGCUUGAAGUCACAGGCCCCGCCUCGCCCCCCGUUCUCUGGAAGUAACACUACGAGAGAUAAUACUGUACAGUGACUAGCAGCACCCCCUUGUGCUCCCACGCUUUUAACCAGUGUUUUCUAGGGCUUAGGAAGAACUGUAUCAUAUGGCAAACUUUGAUAUUCGGGCUGUGGCGCGGGCGGGGCGGGAGCCAGGCCUGGCCUCCUCGGCAGCCUCGGAGCGCGCCAUUCCGCGUCCCGGGCUUGCCCCCCCCUUGCAGCCUCCCCCCUUCCUCACCCCCCAGGACUGGCUCCUCCAAACCCUCCCUCCACCAGCCCCACCUCCCAGCAGCGGGUUUGCAGACGGCAAGGCUGUGUCGAAGAGAAAGUCCCACCAACUAGGGGCUCCUCCGCCCUCUCCCACUAAGUGACCUUGGGCACCCCCUCUCCGACCCCAGACAGUUUUCCCAUCUCCCAAGUGGGAGGACUGGGUCGGCAGCUCUCGGAGCAGCUCUCCAGGACCCUCUGUCCCUCCACGCCCCCUGGCCUGCAGACCUGCCCUGGGGCUUGGGUUCUCCUGAAAACUCACGCAGUCACCCCUCUGUCCUGUCUCCGCUCCCACCCUCAGCUCCGCCUCUGCAGCCUCGAGGUGCUGGCUGCGGGGGCCGGGGGCUGGCUGCGG